CAACUUUGCCUUCAUAUUCACCCGCACCCAACAUUUCUCAUCGCUCACCUUUCAUAACUUGGCAAUCUCAUUUGUUCCUCUCACUGACCUCCCAUCGCGUGACCAUUCUCCCAUCGGCAGUUUAGACUUUCCAUAGACCGUUCUUGAUUCCAUUUCACUUAGCUCUGCGUUGUUGAAACCAUGUCAAGCGCUUUACUUCGGAAUUUAGGCAGCUCGCCUGCCGCAUCAGCCGCCUGCAAUCGCUGUCUCCAGUAUGCCGUUCCCGCCGCGUGCUGCGCGGCACAGCAACUAAUCUCCUCCCUCGGCGCGAGGCUCAACCACCUCUCGUCAUCGCGCCCGUCGUCUACCACCACCACCGCGCAGCCCACGAGCGUUUCGGGGCUGCUAUGCACGGUCACCAACUCCCCCUGCGGCAUGGGCUGCGACGACUGCACCGAGUGCCUCUACCGCAACUCCUCCGCCCCGUCCGCUUCCGCGGCUUCCGCGCAGAAGCCCUUCCCCUCGCAGCGGUCGGCGCAGCACGGCCACGUGCCCACUCUCCAGCCGUUCGCGGCGCGUUCGAUCUCGACGGACGUGCGCCACGCGGGCCAGCCGGCUGAGGUGGCGGAGAGCGAGUGUGACGUGGCUGCCGGCGGCGAACCGGGCCGCGUCGACGUGGCGUCGUUCAUCAUGAAGAACUACACGCCGUACGACGGCGACGAUAGCUUCCUCGCCGGCCCUACCGCGCGAACCACGGAGAUUUGGGACAAGUGCUGCGAGAUGCUCAAGAUCGAGCACGAGAAGGGCGUGCUGGACUGCGACCCGACGACGCCCGCGUCGAUCAUCUCGCACGGGCCGGGGUACCUGGACAAGGAGAAGGACCUCGUCGUCGGGUUCCAGACGGACGCGCCGCUCAAGCGCAUGAUCAAGCCCAAGGGCGGCUGGCGCAUGGUCGAGGCGGCGCUCGAGAGCUACGGCUACCCGGUCGACGAGAAAGUGCGCGAGGUGUUCACGAAAUACGUGAAGACGCAUAACGCGGGAGUCUUUGACGCGUACACGCCGGAGAUGCUCACCGCGCGGCGCGAGGGCAUCCUCACGGGCCUGCCCGACGCGUACGGCCGCGGGCGCAUCAUCGGCGACUACCGCCGCGUCGCGCUGUACGGAGUCGACGCGCUGAUCGCGGCGAAGGAGGCGGACAAGGCGGCGCUGGGCCCGGAAAUGACGGAGGAGGUGAUUCAGCUGAGUGAGGAAGUUUCGGAGCAGAUUCGCGCGCUGGAGGAGCUGAAGGAGAUGGCGAAGGGAUACGGAUACGACGUCAGCCGCCCCGCCACGAACGCGCGCGAGGCCGUGCAGUGGCUGUACUUCGCGUACCUGGCGGCGAUUAAGGAGCAGGACGGCGCGGCGAUGUCGCUGGGGCGCGUGGACGCAUUUUUGGACGUGUUCUUCGAGAAGGACCUCAAGAGCGGCGCGCUCACGGAGGAGCAGGUGCAGGAGCUCAUCGACGACCUCGUUAUCAAGCUGCGCCUGGUGCGCCAUCUCCGCACGCCCGACUACAACAACCUGUUCGCGGGCGACCCGACAUGGGUCACCGCCGUGGUGGGCGGCAUGACGCGCGGCGAGGGCGGCCGCCACAUGGUGACCAAAACGGCGUACCGCAUCUUGCACACGCUGCGCAACCUGGGGCCAGCUCCGGAGCCGAACCUAACCGUGCUGUGGUCGCCGAAGCUGCCCGAGCACUUUAAGCGCUUCUGCGGGAAGCUGUCGCUCGACCUGUCGUCGAUCCAGUACGAGAACGACGACGUCAUGCGACCGCUGUUCGGUGACGACACGGCGAUCGCGUGCUGCGUGUCGGCGAUGACCAUCGGCAAGCACAUGCAGUACUUCGGCGCGCGCUGCAACCUGCCGAAGCUGCUCCUAUACGCGAUGAACGAGGGCAAGGACGAGGUGAGCGGGGUCCAAGUCGCGCCGCAGUUUGCGGCGCUGCCGGACGGCCCGCUGGAGUUUAACGACGUGAUGGCGCGGUACGAGACGGCCAUGGAGUGGCUGGCCGGGCUGUAUGUGAACACGAUGAACAUCAUCCACUACAUGCACGACAAGUACAACUACGAGCGCGUGCAGAUGGCGCUGCACGACACGCACGUCGGGAGACUCGUCGCGUUCGGCGUCGCCGGGCUGAGUGUCGCCGCGGAUUCCUUGUCAGCGAUCAAGCACGCCAAGGUGACGCCGAUCAGGGACGAGCGGGGGCUGGUGACGGAUUUCAAGAUCGAGGGGGAGUUCCCAAAGUUCGGGAAUGACGUGGAGGAGGUUGAUUCGCUGGCGUCGUGGCUGGUGGAGACGUUCAUGGCGAAGCUGCGCGAGCAUAAGACGUACCGCGGCGCGGAGCACACGUUAUCCGUGCUCACCAUCACCUCGAACGUGGUCUAUGGCAAGCACACGGGCAACACCCCCGACGGGCGCAAGAAGGGCGAGCCGUUCGCGCCUGGCGCGAACCCGCUGCACGGGCGGGACGUGGAGGGGGCUCUGGCGUCGCUUAACUCGGUGGCGAAGCUGCCGUACGAGUCGUGCCUGGAUGGGAUCAGCAACACGUUCACCAUGGUGCCGUCGGCGCUCGGGAAGGACGAUGACAUGAGGACGUCCAACAUGGUCCGCAUCCUCGACGGAUACUUCAACCAAGGAGCCUUCCAUCUCAACGUGAACGCGCUGAAUAGGGAGACCCUUCUAGACGCCAUGGAGCACCCCGAGCAGUACCCGCAGCUGACCAUCCGCGUGUCGGGCUACGCCGUGCACUUCACCCGCCUCACGCGCGACCAGCAGCUUGACGUCAUCUCCCGCACCUUCCACGAGUCCAUGUAGACAGGGAGAGGUACCACGUGGGGAGGGGGGAAGUGCCUAGGGGGAAGCUGUGGCCUUUCCCCAUCCCCAGCAGUACCCGCAGCUCUCUGUGGGGCAUCCUACAUCGUGAGCAGUUCCAUCAUGUCACCACCAUGCGCCACUUCACCUGCCUUACCUGCAACCAGCAGGUGGACUCCGCCCGCCACAUAUGCAUGCGUGCAUGUGUGUGUGCCAUUCACCACCCCGUCUAACUGCCCGCCAAGCCCAUUCCAUCCCUCGCCAUUCAUCCAAGCACAUGAAUGGUAGUUCAUUUUUCCUUAGCUUAGUGUGUAGUUUUGAAAAGUACGGUAUUUAUUCAGGCUGUCGGCUGCAACUGAUGAGGUGCCGUCCACAUGUGAAGAGCCCACCCCUGGGGGGGUUACUUAGCAUGCUCAGUUGACUGGAAGAGGCUGCUUUCCUUAGCAGUGGGUGUGUGCAUGCUCCUCUGCAUGCAUUAGUGGUGGCAGUUUGAGCCCAACCAUAUAACGGGUGCUGCUGCAUCAAGUGUCCCAGACCUCUUGUAUUUAAAGCCCCCGUCUCAUAAUUCUAGGAUCCGACCAAGUGUAAAAUGCUUGGUACCCAGUUACGCUGACGAAUAUGAAGAGACAGGCAAGGAAGUGCCUCGGACAGUGUGUUUCUUGCUGGGGGGCGAGAUAGAUUGUAAAACCAGCAGUGAAAUAUGAGAAUGAGCAAGUUCACGGAAGAAUGGGGACGUUGGACCGUUCGAUCUUCUAAAAGUUCCGAUCCGACGGUUCAGCGAGUGUAUUACUAAAUCUACCGCUGUAAACGAAGUGGAAUUUGGCUGUGCAGGAAAAUUGGAUUCU